GUUUCUCGGAGUGGGUUUCCAUCAGUUACUGGUGAGUGUGAGUUACCUCCCAGUGUUGCUCAGAGCUCAAGAUGCGAACUCAUUAUGCCCUCCGUUCAUCCAUUCUUUCGGUGACCAGCUGGCCGUGGAGCACACGGCAUGUGCCAGCUUCUCGACGAUCUGUGAGACACCAAGCCUUUGAUGCGUCCUUCGAUCAGGAUGAAUUGGCCGAGGCAAGGAAAUGGCACCAGUCGUUCCAGCCCGUCAAUUUGCCAGAAGGAAACACGUCCUUUUCACGGUCCAGCGGCCCUGGAGGGCAGCAUGUGAACAAGACCGAAACCAAGGCAACAACUACAUGGCCCGUUGCACGGUUACUGGGGAUUCUCCCCAAGUUGCUACACGCCGGCGUUCGAGACUUGAAGUAUUACUCUCGUCGAAAUGACUGCCUCACAAUACAGGCACAGACACAGAGAAGCCGCGGUGCAAAUGCCGACGAGAACCAUCAAAAGCUUUUUGAGGAGCUCCAGGGUUUGUAUCGGAGGACGGUGCCCGGCGAAACGAGGCCAGAGAAGGCCAAGAAAUACGCAGCACUAAAGAAGAGCGCCAACGAGACUCGGAUGAAGUUAAAGAAACAACAGAGCUCAAAGAAGUCGUCCCGCAGAAGCUCUGAAGACUGAUGAGCGAAGACUAGCAUGGCGCGCAUGGGGUCGAUGGCUCGCGUCGAGACGAAGCAGCACUCCCCGUUGUUUGUUGUAAGUGACAAGGGUCUUGGUUAGUGCGCCGAGUGCUGCAGCUGGUGGUGCUGAAAGUGGAUACCGGGGGUCAUACCGCCCGGCAGAAUAAAAAUAAUUGAGCUGCUGCACCUCUUGCGUCCUGGA